GAGACGUUGCCAAUGUCAACAAACAGCUGAUAAGUAUUGUUUUGUGCGGUCCUGCCAUACUUUGGUUAUCCAUUAAAAUAAAUUAAAUAAAAUGAGUGAAGCGCCCAGACUUAUCGUGCUUUACGGCAGCCAAACGUAUACGGCUCAAGAAGUAGCAGAAAGAAUAUGGCGGAAAACGAAAGUGUUAGGAUUUCGAGGGCCGGUUCAGGCAAUGGACGAAUACCCUAUAACUAGCCUUAUAAAAGAGGAAUUUGCUAUAUUCGUGUGUGCCACAACAGGCCAGGGUGAUGAGCCAGAUAAUAUGAAGAAGUUCUGGAAGUUUCUGCUGCGGAAAAAUCUACCUCCUACCUCUUUAUUGAAGUUAAAAUAUGGAGUGAUUGGACUCGGUGACUCGUCGUAUUUAAAGUUCAAUUUCGCUGGCAAGAAGCUACACAGGCGGUUAUUGCAGUUAGGAGCAACCCCUUUAUUAGAUAUAGGACUUUGUGACUACCAACAUGACUUAGGCCACGAUGCAGUUUUAGCACCAUGGCUAAAAGAAUACUUAUCAAUACUAAAGGCAUAUUACCCAAAAAUAGAGCCAGAUAACAUACAAACCACUUUCAUACCUCGAUGGAAGGUAUCCCUAGAAAAAUGUGAGGAUAAAAACACAACUACAAAAGAUGGUUUGACGGAAGACAUAUAUUUUGCAAAAGGCAUACGGGAUAGUUUUGUUGAUGCCACACAGUUUCAAGUUGUGAAAAAUUAUAGAACUACACAUGUAACACAUUUUCAAGAUGUUCGAAUGAUUACACUCAAAACUACAGGUAAAACUGUAGUUAAAUAUAAACCUGGCGAUGUAUUCAAUAUACGGCCUAGGAAUAGCAAAGAGGAUGUAGAAGAUUUAUUUAGUAUUUUUAAAGAGCACAACAUUGAUAUACUACCUCAUUACAAUUUAGUCGUUGAAGAAUAUCAUGAUGAUAUGCCAGUCCCCCCAUUCCUAAAACAACCGCACACUUUAUAUGAGAUAGCCGAACAGUACUGGGACCUGCGCAGUUACCCCACACAAUAUGUCUUCUCUCUUCUUGCACAAGUGUCUGAGGAUAAGUUAGAAAGAGAGAAAUGUAUAGAACUCAGCUCCCCUGAAGGACAGGAGGAUUGGCUUAAUUAUUGUAGAAGGCCUAAGAGGACUGUUUUGGAGGUCCUACACGACUUCCACAAGUCAGCAUCGAAAUUGACAUUAGAAGUAGUUUUCGAGUUAUUUUCCACGAUCAAACCGCGCUCCUUCUCCAUUGCAAGCAGUUGCUUACCAUCAGGGGGCAGAGACAUAGACCUGUUAGUGGCUGUGGUUAAUUAUAAAACCAAGUUAUUGAAGCCCCGGCUCGGACUAGCCUCAAACUGGUUGAAAGAUUUGAAGAUUGGCGAUAAAGUGUUUGGAUGGAUCAAACCUGGAACUCUUGUGUUUCCUAAAGAUUCUUCGACACCCCACAUCAUGAUAGGCCCCGGUACAGGUCUCGCCCCCUUCCGAAGUCUCCUACAAGAGAGGGAGAAGCUACAAACAGCGAAGAAGGAUGCUCUACAUCUGAUAUUCGGAUGUCGGUACAAAGAGAAAGACUUCCAUUGCAGAGAGGAACUUGAGAGAAUGGUGAAACAAGACAAGUUGACUCUGUAUUGUGCUUUCUCUAGAGACCAGGAGGAUAAAGUAUACGUCCAACACAAAAUAUCAGAAAACAAAGAUCUAUUAUGGCAGUUGGUGUCCAAUAAGGCUUAUAUCUACAUUUCUGGGAACGCCAAGAAUAUGCCGGACAACGUGAAGGAGGCUUUUGUAGAAGAUGUACUGAGCAAGACUGGAGGGCAGACUCUUGAGGAAGCCAGGACUAUGCUGAAGGAGUUGGAGACUAGUGGGAGGUUUCAGGUCGAGGCCUGGUGAUGAUAUAAUGCUGUUAAUUUUAGUUUUUUUGACCCAUUUUGGACUGUCACGGUUUGGUGUUAUUGACAAAUGUUUAUUAUCAUAUUUUUCUAUUCUUUUUUUUUUUCUUUUUUAAUUGUUUCUUCUGUCGAUGUGUGGUGUUUCUUGUGACACCUUAUAAUACUUAUUGUACAUUUUACAAUCAAAUAAUUAUAAUUAAGUGUGACGGCCUCGUUGGUCGAGUGGUCGCAAAUGCGACAAGCGGUUACAUGCCGUAAUGUGCACCUCUGCCUACCCCCUCGGGGAUAAACGACGACGUUGCAUAAUUAUAAUUAAGAUAUUUCGCAAAACGAGGGAUUGUUUUUAUAAGUUUGUCUAUCUAAUGGAUAGACCAAUUUUGAUGUGUAUUUUUUUUUAAAUCAAGGUGCUUUUCCAAACCUUACCGUGGCUGUCCUAGGCAAAAAUUUUGGUGUGCAUUUCUUCUUUUUUAUUUAUAAAAAUCUUUUGAUUUUGUCAAACAAAAUUAUUGUUUUAAUUUAAAUUAUUGAGCAGUGUUACUGCAUAAUGUCACAAUUUGUUCUUUUUUAAUUUAAUUAGAGGUUUGACCUCACAGCUCAGGCCUAAAACAUCACAUUGAAAAUUAGACCUUAUUGACAUGAAGAUAUUUUUUAAAAUCAGGUGUAGGUAAUAUUCGACUCGAAUAAAAAUUGUAUAUUUAGUACUUAUGUGUAUAUUUGUCUAUUAUAUGCUUGUUUAAAUAAUAAAAAUGUCUCUGUGAUAAAAUAUUGAAUAAAAUCACAACAUAAUUUUAAA